GAGCAGCUGCAGCGUUUGGAGGUGGAGCUCAGUGAGGUAGCCAAGAACAAGGAGAAACUCCAGCGAAACCUUCUUGAGCUCACCGAGUACACACACAUGCUGAAGAUCACACACACCUUCAUGCACAGCCGCCCAGGCACGAGGCUCUGGGCCCCCAGUACGAGGAGUUCCCCUCUCUAGAGCCUGAGUCUGUGGCCGGCUGCACCGGUAUGCAGAGACUGGGGGCCAAACUGGGGUUUAUCUCAGGGCUGAUCCAGAGGGUGAAGAUGGAGGCGUUUGAGCGUAUGCUGUGGCGGGUGUGUAAAGGUUACACGAUCCUCAGCUAUGCCGAGGUGGACGAGCAUUUGGUUGAUCUCGAUACUGGUGAGGUCAGUAAGAACGUGGUUUUCCUCAUCUCAUUCUGGGGCGAUCAGAUUGGACAAAAAGUGCAGAAGAUCUGUGACUGUUAUCACUGCCACGUGUAUCCCCACCCAGAGACCGACGAGGAACGUGCAGAUGUAAUGGACAGCUUAAGGACCCGUAUUCAAGAUCUGAAUAAUGUGCUCCACCGGACUGAAGAUUACCUAAAGCAGGUUCUGCAAAAGGCCUCAGAGUCAGCGCACUCCUGGGUGCUGCAGGUGAAGAAGAUGAAGGCCAUCUAUCACAUCCUCAACCUGUGCAGCUUCGACGUCACCAACAAGUGCCUCAUCGCCGAGGUGUGGUGUCCCGUUAACGACCUGACCAACCUGCGAAUGGCUCUGGAGGAGGGUUCGAGGAAAGGAGACGCCACCGUGCCGUCGUUCGUGAAUCGUAUCCCGAGCAAAGACACGCCGCCCACACUUCUGAGGAGCAACAAGGUCACACGCGGCUUUCAGAGCAUCGUGGAGGCGUACGGAGUCGGAGAUUACAGAGAGGUCAGUCCAGCACCCUUCACUCUCAUCACAUUUCCUUUCCUGUUCGCUGUGAUGUUCGGAGAUCUGGGACACGGCGCCGUCAUGUUCGUCUUCGCCUUGUGGAUGGUGCUGAACGAACACGGCUACAAACGAAGACACGCAGGAAAUGAGAUGUGGAACAUGGUUUUCGAGGGCCGAUAUAUCAUCCUGUUGAUGGGUUUUUUCUCCUUGUACACGGGACUCAUCUACAACGACUGUUUCUCGAAAUCGCUCAACAUCUUCGGCUCGAGCUGGAGCAUCAAAGCCAUGUUCAGGGAACGGGAAUGGACAAAUGAAACUUUACAGUCCAAUGCUUUCUUGACGCUCGAUCCCAACGUGUCUGGAGUUUUCAGCGGACCCUAUCCAUUGGGCAUCGAUCCGAUUUGGAACCUGGCAGUGAAUCGACUGGCUUUUUUGAACUCCUAUAAGAUGAAGAUGUCGGUGAUCAUCGGCGUUUUACACAUGAGCUUCGGCGUGGUGCUCAGCGUCUUCAACCACCUGCACUUCCGUCAACCCUUUAAGCUCUACCUGCUCUUCCUGCCUGAGCUGCUCUUUCUGCUGUCUCUCUUCGGGUAUCUGCUGUGUUUGAUCAUCUACAAGUGGCUACGUUACUCAGCGUGUGAGUCUCGCUCAGCUCCCAGCAUCCUCCUGCACUUCAUCAGCAUGUUCCUCAUGCAGUCCAACUCGGCCACACCCCUUUACCCCGGACAGAUGUCACUGCAGGUGUUUCUUCUGGUUGUGGCUUUGUUAUGCGCGCCUGUGCUGUUGCUAGGGAAACCGCUGUACCUCUACUGGCUCCAUCACGGUACCAAGGGCCUGGGAGUACGCAGGGGUUAUGAGCGAGUUCGCCGUGUGAGCGAGGACGAUAUGUCCCCGUCUGUAGUCCACGAUGAGGAAGAAGGAGGACUGGAGGAUCACACAGCACGCGAGAGCAACAGGCACCAGUUUGAUUUUGGUGAUGCCCUAUUACACCAAGCCAUACACACUAUCGAGUACUGUCUGGGAUGCAUCUCAAAUACAGCAUCGUACCUGCGGUUGUGGGCUCUGAGCCUGGCUCAUGCACAGCUCUCCGAGGUUCUGUGGACGAUGGUUCUGCGUGUGGCUCUGAGAAUAAGUUCUCGUCUCGGGGUGAUGUUCCUCGUUCCCGUCUUCACCCUGUUCGCUGUCCUCACCGUCUCCAUCCUGCUGCUGAUGGAGGGACUCUCUGCCUUCCUGCAUGCACUGCGCCUGCACUGGGUGGAGUUUCAGAAUAAAUUCUACAGCGGCACAGGUGUCAAAUUCGCCCCGUUUGACUUUUCCCUUCUCCCCUCAGUCUUCGAGCAGGAAGGAUUACUGUGACAGGAACACUUUGCUUUUUUCAGCUCGUUCAUCACGACGCCGUCGUUCACAGACCUCCUCGAUUCAGACCUCAGCUCGGCCUGGAGUCUAGAGAGCGCCGGAGCACUUCAUCCCCUUUCCUUAACACCUUUUAAAUCCCAUACGAGCCGAUUCAUGCUGUCUAUCAGCCGUAUAUCAACGCUGGUUCCCUCUGCCACCGCCGUCUGUUUUAUUUCUCUUUAGACAACAACUUCGGAUUCAUCACCGUAUUUCAGUUCUGUCAUAUCAGAGUUUAAAAGUGCCAUCGAGUAUUUUGCAAUAGACAGUUUUAUAGCUGCCACAUGCACACACACACACACACACACACACACGUACAGCAUCCAAAAAAAACUUUUGUAAAAAAAAAACAAAAAUUCAUACAGCAUCGAGUGUAUAGAGUUCACUUCCUGUUUAAACUCAUCAUCUGUAAAGCCAAUUGCGGAUUUGUGUUUUUUUUUUUUUUUUUGCUGUAAAGAUUGAAACUAGUCUUUAUAAAUGUGAUAUGACGACUGUUCUCACACUGUUUUUUGCUAGUCACAGUUGCAGAUUUAUCUCAUUGUUGAAUUUAUGUACAAUUUACUACUGACAGGAAUAUAAUCUACAGUUUUCAUCCAUUCAGUGAACCUUUUCAUUCAUUGACUACACUAUUAACGCGUACUUUCGCAAAAAAAAUAAAAAUAAACGUUCCUCAUG